AUGGGCUACAAUAUAGCAAUGGCCUGUGAUUUCUUCUAUCCGCAGCUUGGUGGUGUGGAACUUCAUAUAUAUCAUUUAUCUCAGAGUUUGAUACGGUUGGGACACUCAGUGGUGAUAAUUACCCAUGCUUAUGGUGAUCGAGUGGGUGUACGACAUUUGACCAAUGGUUUAAAGGUAUAUCAUGUCCCAUAUUUUGUUCUACACAGAGAGACAACAUUCCCCAAUGUCUUUGGUACAUUUCCCAUUGUCAGAAACAUCUUGAUUCGUGAACAGAUUCAAAUUGUGCAUUCUCAUGGAAGUGCUUCGACCUUCUCCUUAGAAUCUAUCUUUCAUGCCAACACAAUGGGUCUCAAAACUGUCUUUACAGAUCAUUCCCUUUAUGGAUUUGCCAAUAUCACGGCCAUCCUGGUGAAUAAAUUGCUUACAUUCACGUUAACCAAUACUGAUAAGGUUAUAUGUGUCUCUAAUAUCUGCAAGGAUAAUAUGAUUGUGAGAACUGACAUUUCACCAGACAGGAUAUCAGUGAUCCCCAAUGCAGUGGUCAGCGAAGAUUUCCAACCUCUUAAGGAUAGAAAGCCCUCCGAUGGCACUAUUACUAUAGUGGUUAUCAGCAGAUUAUACCCAAACAAAGGUGUUGAUAUACUCAUACGGCUUGUGCCACGCAUAUGCGCUUCACAUGAUGAUGUCAAGUUUAUUAUUGCAGGAGAUGGACCCAAGUACGUUGAGUUGCAGCAGAUGAUCGAGGCCUGUAGAUUACAAGAGAGAGUUCAGUUGAUGGGAUCGGUGGCGCACGAAAAGGUGAGAGAUGUGAUGUGUCAAGGUGAGAUCUACCUUCAUCCAAGUCUGACGGAAGCUUUUGGAACUGUGCUGGUGGAAGCAGCUUCUUGUGGCUUGCUAAUCGUUUCUACAAACGUUGGUGGUAUUCCGGAGGUGUUACCUGAAAGUAUGACUGUGCACGCACCAGAAACAUCAGUCUCGAGCUUAGUAGAGGCAACAGACAAGGCCAUUGGUCUGAUAAAAUCUGGAAAAAUUGAAACCUCGUCAUUUCAUCAGGAAGUAUCUUCGAUGUACAAUUGGAUGAAUGUCGCAAGAAGAACCGAAAAGGUUUAUGAAGGUGUUUUCGAGGACGCACAACCGAGAGAUAAAAACUGGGUUCAUAUGGUUAAGCGUUUCUACAGAAGAGAUGGUAGCUGGGCAAAACAUUUGUACGUUUUGUGUGCUAUCGUAGAGUACAUUAUCUACAUUGUCCUUGAGUGGCUUUACCCCAGGGAAGAGGUUGAUGUGGCCCCAAAGUGGCCCUCGCCUAGCAAAUUUAUAUAA